UGGUAAGGAAGAGUAAAAUGGCCGCUGUUGACCAUCGAGUGAAACGUCAAACGUCAAACGGCUAUCAUAACCUGCAGCCAGAUGUGUAAUCGUAAAAUUUGAUAAAUUAAAUGAGAGUGUUGAUUAAAGAAUCCGAGCCACUACGGUCGAAACAUUAACGCGGACACGAAGAUGUUUCCAUACACCGAUAGGAGAAAAAGUAGCGUCCUUUAUUUGACGCCUAACCUAUAACCUGUGGCAAUUAAUAAAGCAAAUAAACAGUUUUGGGGACAAGAGAAAAAAAAAUCACGAAAGACGACAAGAACAGCAACGUAAUAAUGUUCAAUCGAUUCAAAUCUGCGCUUCUCACUGCCGUCGGAGCCAGUGAACUUGGACUCGAGUAUCCGACUGAAUCGGAUAGUGAAAUUGGAACAGAUUUUCUCAACUCUAAUCUAGUCUUCGAAGUUGAGACUAAACCUUACAGCAGACCAAGUUUCUUGGGUCUUACCAACGAAGAGACACAGGUAAGCGCCGACCAUCGAGUGCGACCAAUAAUUGUGCCGAGGGAUCUGAGUCGAUUGCCUUGGUGCGCAGGCUAUGCAGAGUGCAUAAAUGCUGGUAAGAGCACAUGGAAUGAGGAUCAAGCGACUGCGACCCGCGGGGACUUGAAGCUGGACGAUUCAAACGUCACGCUACCGUACAUCAUGUUUUCAAUGUUUGACGGUCACGCUGGAUAUCAAGUGGCUUUAACGGCGAGACUACACCUCCAUAGGAUAAUUUAUGAAAAGCUCGCUUCCAUACCUGACGAGCAUCUGCUCAGCGAGAACCAAGACGGUUCAGUCAAUGGCAGGGAUCUGGUUAUAGGUGCUAUUGAGCUUGCCUACAAUCAAAUGGAUCAAAUGGUUGAAUUGCAGUCACAGAAAGGAGGCGGUGGUUGCACAGCCAUCACGAUACUCUUUCUCAACGGAAUUUUGUAUGCAGCUGGUGCUGGCGAUUCCAGAGCAAUAUUGGUCGUUGGUGAGCAAGAACGUCCGUUGACACGGGAUCAUACACCUGAUUCAGAGUCGGAUCGUGUAAGAGCUCUGGGUGCUUUGAGGGGGGGAGAAUUGCUGAGGGGCCAAUUCACCGCGCUCGAGUUUCGCAGGCGUCCACUAGAGCGGGAACUGGGCUCGCACGUUCUCUACAGAGAACCCUACAUGACGGGCUGGGCCUUCAAGACGCUGACAUACACAGACCUGAGACUGCCCCUCAUUUCUGGACGUGGAAAAAGGAGCAGAGUCAUGGGCACUAUAGGCGUGACCAGGGGCUUUGGAGACCACGGUUUGAAGGCUGCAAACACGGGAGUGACGAUAAAACCGUUUUUGUCAUCCCAACCUGAAGUGCAAUCGCUAAAACUCGAAGAAUAUGAUCUCAGCGAGAGAGAUUGCGUAAUCAUCGCCACUGAUGGACUCUGGGACGUCGUUUCAGACGAGGAGGCAGCUAACAUUUUGAGGAAGACGGUCGCGCCCGAUACCCCGUCGCUGGAAUACCGUCUGACUAUGGGAGCUCAGGAGCUGGUGCAGGCUGCGCGAGGACGAUUGGUGGGUCGCGUGUGGCGAGGGAAAGUGGAAAAUCCCGAAGAUAAGGAAAUGAAAAUAUUACCGAUGGCGUCAGUGGACGACAUAAGUGUACUUGUUGUGCCUCUGUAUCCUUAUCUGUGCGAGCAUAAGCAAUGGUUGAAGACUAUUCAACAAGACCAGAGGCACGCUCUUGACACGAUGCAAUCGUCGGCCACCCGCUAAAUCCGAAGAUAAUUGGCCUAAGAAGAUGUUAUGAGGAGAAGAGGUACUACAUACAGAUAAAAGAUGCUGUAGAAAAUUAAGAAAAGAAGAAAGUUAAUUUAAAACAACUUUCAUAAUAAUCUUUUAGCGGAAAAAUUUGGAACCCCACAGGAUGCGGGUUCCAAGGGAUAGUAAAAUCCACCUCAAAGGUGGUUAGAGAAUAAUGUGUGUCACGUAAUGGGUUGUUAAUACUGUUAGUGAUAGGUUAGCGCAUACAAAACGUGGAAAAGUAUUUUUUUCUUCGUAUUUAUUAUCAUGUUCUACCGUAUAUUUUAAUGAAAAACAUUUUCCAUUUGGUCUCGUAUAAGUAUUUGCAUGCGCGAUCUAGGUACUAAGGGAAUAUUUUUUUAAAAUCUAGCUACACAUACGUUGUAGGAUAAAUGUCACAAUUAUGAACGUUGGCAAGUUAUUACUUUCGAGAAUAACGGUGGGAGGUUAGAAACAAUGUUGAUAAUAAUUAUGAUGAAUUCCUAUUUAUACAUUAAAAAUGAACACGUGUAUAUCGCCACGUCAUUAGAUUCAUAUGACCACCCAUUAUUGAUAUUUUUGGGAUUUUUUUUAUCAUAUACAGAGUUAUUACUCAAUAAUUGACAUUCCAAUAAAUAAUACAGGUGUAAAUAUUUAUAACCUGUAUUUGUAGGUGACAAGAUUUUUUCUCUUAAUUUUUCACUAUAAGAAAAUAAACGCACUUUCUGGGCAUUUAACAGAAGAAUUUUGGAAAUCGAAGCAUAGCCAAUGAUUUUAUUUAUGAUACCUAAUUGCAUUUGAAAUUAGCAUAUCCAAUUAAAAUACACGAUACCUAUUCCUAUCUUGCUGCCGUGCACCGUAUAAGUAUUUAUAUUUCUUUACAUGGAACCUAAGAAAUACGAUCUAAUUGAAUAUCAAUGCACAGAAAUUUUUUUUUAGUAAUAUUGUUAUUCUCGUACAAAUAUAAAAUAUUGUACAAUUAGAUUGCUUAAAAUUAAUUCUUGUGUACGAAAGAACUGAUUCUUUACGACAUAUACGUAUCAAUUCUCGACGAUCAAAUAUAUGCAGCCAAUCGUUUAAACCGACGUUCGUCAAUGUACACGUCAGCGUAAUUAUUUUCUGUCAAUAUAUAAAAUACC